AUGGCGGUCAGCGAACGAAUAUCGCAGCUCAUGAGCGCUCUCGACACUGGUACCGGUCCCGAUACCUCUCGUGCCACCUCGCCGGGCAGCGACUGGCGGCAGCCGAAUGGCGGCGUCAAUGGCGCAGACGACAGGCGCCGUCCACGUACAUUCCCCUACUUCGAAUACCUCCCAUACCAGACCGAAGACCAGAGCGAUCGCGAACAGAGCCUAAACACAUGUCUAAAGCACCUCUACAUUGCCGUCUCGGCAGGAGACUUCGCGCCGGGCGCUGUACAUUGGACGCGCGAGAUUCGAGGCUGGCUGUCACUCAAGUUCGACCUUCCCCGCAGCACGCGCGUGAAGCUGGUGAAGCUCUACUAUGAGCUGGCAUUGGCUCCGGGGCUGGACUAUCUCGUGGCAGAGCGCUUUGCAAGCAUGUUCAUGGUCUUGACCAAGCGUAAACAUUACCUACGACCCGGCAAAGACCUGAUACUCGACUGGCGGCCGCUGUAUAGAGAGCUGAAAAUGUUCGUCCUGCCUUCAGAAUCCGGAGGCUCCCACCCACCAAACGUGAAGCGCAACAUUCGCACCUUGACAAAGAUGUGCACUUUUGCGCAGUCAUACUUCGAUCCCAAGGAGAUACCGGCCAUAAUGGAAGAACUUCUGCCUUUCUUCAGCACGUCCUUCAGCGAGAAUGCAUUCGUGGUUGUGGGCCUGAUGAACUUGCUCUUCCCAACUCAUCCCGCACCAGAGGAUAUGCAGCAGCUGUUGCCUCAAGAAUACCUCCCGACCUUCUUCCAUCUAUGGUCGCUCGUCAACCGGUCGCGGCUCUUCGACGCACACUAUAUCGAUACACUGUCGAGAUUGUCUAGGGACAACCUGACCGCGGCGCAUGUACCCUUCUCACAGUAUGGAGUGUUUACCGGCGAGCAGUCAUCUCAGAUCUUCACAGCCAUCCUGCGGCUGCUGGAAAUUCCAGUUGGGCAAGCGACGUCGCCAUACAGCAGUACGGUGGAUCUCGGUGCAGGUCUGGCUGUGAUGCUUGACCGUGACCCGCGGAAGCACCCAUCAACACACCACAUUGCCCGUAUUAUUGCCAUGUCGUUAUCUCCUGCCUGUGCAGAGCACUCCGACUCCAUUCUGACCAAGCUCGAAGGGCUCAUCCAGGCUGUGGAGACUUUCUUCCAUCCAUCCAAUUCGGGUAGCUGGACUAGACCUCUGGCACAAUUUGUAUACUACCUGGCCGACAUAUUUGUGCUGCGGUGGAAUCGAGAACACAGUGGUGAGAUGGACGUGCCGGAGGAGAGGAAGCUGAACGAUGCAGUCAAGAGGCGCUUCGUACUCUGUUUACGAGAGGUCACAUUCAUGGGCAUCUUCUCCAAGAGCGACAAAGCUGUGCAAUACGCCUUGUCCACAUUACAGAGCUUGGCACAUCUUGAGCCGAACUUGAUCCUCCCGGGCGCAUUGCAGCGUAUCUACCCCGCAAUGCAAGGGCUCGUUGAGGUACAUCGCACCAUUUCGUCUAUACGGGCGUUGCACAUGCUCUCCAAGGUCAUGGCCAAGACAAAGGGCUUCCGGUGCCACGUUACUUCUGUGCUCGGACUUGCACUCCCUGGUAUUGAUGCCAACGAUCUGGAGAAGACGGUGCAUACCUUGCAAUACGUCCAAGGUGUAUGCUACCUUAUCCCAUUCCAGGAUCUCACAAAAGCCAAGAAGGCGUCAAAUGAGGAGAUCUCUCGAGAUGGAGCAUCUACGCCAAUGGAUGACGCCGGUGGUAACACGGGGCUUGCUGUGGAAUGGAUUACAGCACAAGUCGAACGAUUAGAGAGCGCCAACGGAAACAUUGAGAUCAACUAUGACGAGGAGCUUAGUGACGAGGAUGAGGCGUUGAUCCUGCGUUCGUCCACGACUGGGCUCAACGAAUUUCUGAUUACAUUUCUUGGUCGCGUUUUUACGCUCUUGGAGAAUUUGCCAGAUGCAUCUAGAGUACGAAGUGGCUCCCCUGAAGAGUAUGUGGUCAACCAGCUACCAGCUGCUUUUACGCCGCUCCUUGCUGCCCUCUCUCCCGAGCUCUACGACAUUGCACUCGACAAGAUUGCGAACUUUAUCACAAACCAUGUCGUUCACCAAGCCAAAGAUGCUAUCGCGUUUAUCUGCAAUAGUCUUGUCAAGAUCAACCCUGAGAAGGCCCUGAAGCGUCUGUUACCGCAUCUCCUGGCAGGUAUCCGUACUGAGAUUGAUGAGAUUGGCGCUGGAUCAACGCGAACAACAGGCGCUGAGGUGCUCCCUCGCGACCGUGCGCUUGUCUGGAACCUUUGCAUUCUUAGCAUGUGUGUUGUCCAUGUUGGUGACGCGGUUCUUGAGUGGAAAGACGAACUCUUUGAGAUUGCAGAAUACAUGCAGCAGAAGUGCCGCGGCACGCCCACCGUACACGUUUCUAACUUCAUUCAUCACUUGCUACUUAACCUUACAUGCACCUACACCAUCGACUACUCGAUCUACGAACAAGACGAGCUUGAACAGGGCUUGUCAACAGAGUCAUGGGGUAGGCAGGUCGAUAUUAAGAAGCUGAACAUCCAGUGGCAUACACCGAGUUCCGAAGAGAUUGAUUUCGCUGUCAAGCUUUUCGACACUCACGCCAACAAUGCCAUGAAGGCACUCAAAGCCCUUACGCAACCAGACUCGCCAAUCAAGCGCGAAGGCACCGGCAAAGACUGGUCUGAUGAAGUCUCUCGUAACCUUGUUCUGUUGCGUCUGAUCAUUUCCGGCAUCUCAGUCUUGUUCGAUGUUCGGCAUGAUCAAGCCACUGAUGGCACCGAGCCUGACGACGACUCCGACGCAGACGCAAUGGACACAGAAGGCAUUGACGACGAUGCUGGAUUGGGAGAGGCCGAAGACGAAGAGGUCAAGCCUACCUUCCAGUACGAAGCUGGCUACCCGCUGCGUCGUGGUGAUGACAACUACAAUCUCAUCCAUAACCUUCGCGAACAGGUUGGCCAGAUGCUGCACAACGUGCAUCAAUUCUUGAUCGAGAAGCAGCCCGAUGACGUACCCUGCUUCAACUCGUUGUACAAUGCGUACCGGUCGUGGUUCAUUGACGUUGGUAUCGAGCGAUCUGCCCAUGUGCUUGACAGGAUAUCCAGGCUUUUGGAGAAUGACGAACGACCUUUCAGAUUCAGCGGACUGCGAAAGCAAUACCCACGACCUUUACUGGUUCGACGUGCAAACGUCUACCACCUGCAACGAUUACGGCACAACGCUAAUCCACGACCCAAGACAGAUCUCGACAUGCUCUUACUGCUUGAUCUCGCUGAAUCCAGCAUUUCCAUCUAUACUGAGAUCCGACGCACCGCGCAGACCGCCAACGAAUCAGCGGUUAAGUGCGUGCUGGGCGCUAGGCCUCUUGUCAUCCCACCUCUAUUAGAUGCCUUCGUCAAGGCUGUGGCCGAAAGUGACUACCCUCGCAUCAAGGGUGCCAUGUUCACACUUCUCUUUGGUAGCCUGGCGAAGACUAUCAGCCGCGACUGGCGGUUCACACCCAAGCUCAUCAAAGCUUUCAUCGAGGUGACCGGUGCCGACAAGCCUUCAGUGCAGAAGCUCGCGACCAAUGCUACGUUCCAGAUCAUGGAUAUGGGCAAAGCAAUGGAGCGUAUGGUCAUUCUGCCGAAGGAGGUUGUAGAAGCUAUCGCAUAUGCCAUCGACUCUAGCGAGGGCGACAGUGUGCACACCAAGGUCACCAAGCGUCGGGAUUAUAUCAAGAAGAAGCGCGCUCGCAUCGAGGGCAAGAAGUCUGAGCUAUCUAAAGAGCUUGUUCAUAUUGCCAAUACUGAGCACUGGAAGAAGGUUAGUCGAACUGCAGCCAUCAUCGUCAAUCUGGGAAUGCGUUACGACAGCAUUGCUUCUGACGAGAUGAUCGACCUCGUCGCAAAGGGUUCCAUAGAUCAACAUCCUAGUCUCCGAGGUCUCUAUGCUGGAGCGCUCAUUGGCCUAUACUCGGUCAUUCAGACCCGUGCGAUCACCGGGCACAACUACGAAAAGUACUUGCUCAGCGAAGAAGAGCUACCAGAUAAGAUCUCGGUGCCGACCAAGCCAGAGGAUCCGAACUGGACUGAGCAGUACCUUGCAUCGUUUGCGCAGCCUGAAGCCAAAUACUAUGUCGACUUUGAUUAUCCUGGCUGGCUGGUGUGGAACAAGAGUAUGACCGCAUUCAAGCCCAAUGCGCCGCAGCUAUCGUACGAUGAAGUCGAGACCGGUGUACGCCAGAAGAUCGCGAAACAUCUAACUCGAUCCUGGUUCUCCAACUACUUCGCCUUCAUGAAGCAAGAGCCACGCGACAACAGCGCUGACAGGUUCCGCAUGUCAAGCGCCAUGGUCUUGACUCACUCGUUCGACCUCGUCUUCUGCGGCCUGACCGAAGCAACAUUUGAAGACAUCAAAGACCUGACCCAGUCUGUCUACGCCGACGGAAGCGACAAGCAUCAGCACCGUGCCACUGCUGAAAUUAUGGCCGCGUUACUCUCAUGUGCACCAGAUCUCAAGGCGGAUCAGCGUGAGGCGGUUUGGGAGUACGUCUUCCCCAUCGUGCGUGGCAUCUUCCAAGAUGGAUUGACCCCUGAAAACUCUGGUUACUGGACUACCUUCCUACAUGUUGUAUUACAGUCGAAGGAUCCACGCCGAGGAUGGCCGUUAGUCGACUGGCUGGCUAGCUUCCGCCUUGACAUGGAGUCCAAUGCCGCCUUCAAGGAGAGCUCCAAAGUGCAUCUACUCACGCAAUGUAUCUGCGACGCGGGUUGGCACUUCCGUCUCGAGAAACCGAUCCUGGAGGACUUCAUGAAACAUCUCGACCAUCCGUACAAGGGUGUGCGAGAAGCUAUGGGUCAGACCAUCGCAAGUAUCUUCAGGACGCGUUAUCAUGAAUCGUACAAGGAUGUUGACACGCUGAUCAAGGCGCAGAAGGACGCUUCCUCGAUUGGUGUCCGCCCGUACCAACCUACAGAUGAGUUCACCAAGACCAUCACUGAGGUCUUCGAUCGCCUUGAGGUUUGGCGCCAGGAGCGUCCCGCAGGUCAACAGACACCUUCGUCAUACACAUCAGGUGGUAAGACAGUUCUCCUCUGGCUCGACUCUACGCUCUCCUCGUACGAGUGUACCUCGCUUGUUAGUUUCUUCCCCGAUGUAUUCAUGGAGCAACUGCUACACAUGAUGGACAUCAAGGAGGAUCCCGAACUCCAAUCGCUGGCGUAUCAUGUCUUCCGCCAUCUGCCGAACAUCCCGCAUCGCCAAGGUGAGGAUGCAGAUUUCAUCGCCGCUCUUAUUCGCAUCGGACGCAAUGCGACAAGCUGGCAUCAGCGUCUUAGGAUCUUGAUCAAUAUCCAGGUCAUCUACUUCCGCCGACUCUUCCUCAUGAGCGAGCAGCAGCAGCAAAGCAUGUUCGACUGCGUUUCCGCCAUGCUCUCGGAUACCCAGCUCGAGGUGCGCAUGGGUGCCGCCACUACCCUAUCAGGCAUGAUCCGUUGUUCGCCCAUCGCGUUCCGCGACCGCCAGGUCUCCACGCUAAAGGAGAAGUUCACUAAGCAGCUCAACAAGAACCCGUUGCCAAAGAAGCGCGAUGCAGGAACACCGACAACAGAGCAAGGCAAGCUCGUUUUGACCCGCCACGCAGCUGUGCUAGGUCUCGGUGCGCUUAUCCAAGCUUUCCCGUACCAGAGCCCUCCGCCAGCCUGGUUGCCUGAUGUACUGGCUACGCUGGCUAGGAAGGCUGCAGCCGAUCCAGGCAUGGUUGGAAAGAGUGUCAAGACUGUUCUAGCAGACUUCAAGAAGACCCGCCAGGAUACUUGGCACGUUGAUGUUAAGGCCUUCGAACAAGAGCAAUUGGAGGAUCUGGAGGGUGUGUUGUGGAAGAGCUACUUCGCAUAG